CUUUGGCUUAUUCUCUUUUCUUUAAACUGAUUAAAAAAAUACAUUUACGUGAAGCUGAUUCACUUAAAUCGACCCCGACUUUUAAACAUACACUAAGAUCAUGCCCUGUGUGACGACCGUGGUGCUGCAGCUGCUGCUCUGCUUUAACACAUUCACGUCAUUUCUGAUGGAAACAUGUAUGAAAGGAGAAUAGAGACCGUUAUUUCAGAGGAAGCUCUGCAGGCAGGGAGGAUGUAACAACUCACAUUGCUAGCAAGUGAGAUCAUCUGUGUUCUCCAGAUUUAAACCAUGCUCCUCUCUCUCUCUCUCACACACACACACACACACACACACACACACACACAGACAGAGAGAGAGAGUGAACUCAAUCCCAAAUUUGGAUUUAGGGCCUUCACACUCAAACUGUUUAUUUCCGAGCUCCUGCUAAAGGUCGACCAGUGCCUCUUGUUUGUGUUUAAACUUCAAAAUCCAAAGUUGAACUCAUCGAUCAAUAUUUGACUCUGCAAAAACUCCUGAUCCAAGGCAGAACUGUGCGGCCGAGGGUGGACUGUUACCUUUAGACUGUCUCCGUUAUCAGACGCAGUUUCAGGAGUUUGACUCUCAGGGCUUUACAUUAUCUUAAAAGGUGAACGCAUGCAAUCAGCUGCUCAUGCAAAAUUGGAACGAGGACAUGAGCCACCUACAACCACACACAAUGGCUCUCUCCAAACAUUGGACUCCUGAUCCCAAGUGACAAGUGUCACCAUGCCAACUCCUACUGUCCUCACAGCAACUAGGAGUCCUCAGAGAAGUCGUUAGGUUUCAGGCAUAUUUACAUCUCUGUGACAUAAAGCAGAUCCCCUCUAGUGCUGAGGCUGAGAGACCAGGAGGCAGAGAUGGUUUUCCAGUGGAAUCUCCUCCUACUUUUCACAUUGCUACUAAAGACGGGACUGGUUUUUGGAUGUGUGUGUCCCGCAGCCACCAUUUUGUCCCAGUUUCCCUCUGAGGUUCCUGUCGGCAUAUGUUGCCUGAACUUCUCUGGAUCUGCUCUCAGCCAUGUGCGCUGGCCUGUGUUCACCAAUAGGACAAACAUAGAGACACUGGAUCUCUCAUACUGCAAUAUCAGUUCUGUUGACAUGAGUGGACAAAAGGAUUCUGCACUGAAGAGGGUUUACUUAGGUCAUAAUAGACUAUUAACACUGCCGAGGGACUUUCUGUCCAGCCAGCAAAGCCUACUGAAGUUGGAUCUGAGCAGGAACCAGCUUCAGGAGCUUCCUGAGGGUUUCCUCCAGGACUCUGACAGCCUCCAGGAACUGUACCUUCAGGGAAACCAGCUACGCUUCCUCCAUGAAUCCAUUCUGCAGAAGACCAGUCUGCACAGGCUGGAGGUGGAGGGGAACCCCUGGGACUGCUCAUGUAGGCUACUGCAAGCCCUGGAGGAUGGCUUGAAGACUAACAGGACCACCAAGCUGCAGGAUCUGGUGGGGAACCUCACCUGCUUCUCCCCCAAGCAACUAGCCAGCAGGAAUGUGUGGUCAGUGAGGCUCAGAGACGUCUGCCAUCCCGCUGGCCUCACUGCGCUCUUCAUCGUGCUCCCUCUCCUUAUACUCGCUGCCUUAGUGCUUUGCUGGUGCUGCGGGAGGAAGAGGAAGAAGAAAGAUGCGCCUGCGUUCGGCCCCUCGAAGAAGAAGGCCUCCAGCUGCAACGGUCAGAAACAUCACAGCAAGCUUCCGCCUGGAACUGUUGAGCCAAACAAAGCAGGGAACAGUGGCACUGAGGGGAUCCUCAAAAACCAGCUGCUGUUACGCCCCGCGUCUGCCCUUCUGGGCAGCACCAGAGACAUCUAUGAAGAAGUGGAGAUCAAGCUGGGCUCAGUGGAUUCACUUCCAUGCUGUUCCAGCGCCACAGACGGGAGGCAGGGCUCCCAGGAGCCCGACGGGGCCAACAAGACAGAGCUGGACACAGUGAGUGUGACAGAGGUGAUGAAAGACUCAGCCGACCGGGAGAAGGCUUAUCUGACCCAGUCCACCGAAUACUACAGCCUGGUUCCAGGUAUCGAGCUGGAAGACUCUGACCACGGAGAGUAUGAGAAUGUCAGCCUCUCGUGACACUAAAGGAAUAGUUGGACAUUUUUUGGAAGGAGGCUCACUUGUUUCUUUUGCUGAUGGUUUGAUGUGAAGAUCAGUACCACUCACUUUUUUUACAUGUUUGUACUAAAAGUCCUUGAAAUCUAUGACUUAGAGCAGUGGUUCUCAAACUUUUAAUACCAAGUUCUCUUACCAUUAUCACCAACGUUUAAAUACAGUGGUGUAAAUAGGCCGAACAAAGUCAGCUACAGGGGCAGAUUUAUUCCAAAAAACAUCAUUUGCGCUGUACUCUUCCUCACAUACAUGUCAAACACUGGUACAGUGAAAUUAGAUUAAGAUGGAGCGAGAGGUAAGGUGACUCUAAUUAUUAUUAUUUAUAUAUUUUUUGUCAUUUGUUUCAAUUCCUCAGCUUCACUCCUGGUAACUCCCCCACAAGAAAGUGGUGUUUCCCAAAAAUGAAAAUGACAAGAGGCUCUUUAAAAUGCACUGAAGAGAAACUGUGUGUGUGUGUGUGUGUGGAUGCAGGGACAGUGUGGUCCCACCACUGUAGUAUCACAAUGUAAGAGGAAGUGAUUUAAUCCACAGCUUUUCCUGUGGGACCUGAGGGACACAGUAACUGUUUGAAAGAGAGGCCCACUUUUUUUUUUCUCCCUGGAAAAACAAGCAUAUGUCAUUUUAAAUUAACACUGCACUCAAGGCAAAAUGUUUCUUCACCUCACCCAAGUGUGCCUGUAAUAUUGUAAGGCAUUCCUCUUUGACUUAUUACACUACAACAGGAAGGUCUGGAGCAAACGCCACCUUAAGCUGCACAACUAGAAAUAUCGGUGCCAUGCGGUGACUCACCCUGUCACCAUGUCUGCGGUUAACUGAAGGUGAAAUGUGACAUUUAAAGUGUAGGCGUGGAGUCGAAAUGUGUCUAAACCGUAGUUAGGACUAAUGCACAUGCUCUGCACGUCUCAAACUGCUGAAUGUGUGUGCGGACGGAUGUAAAUGGGUAUAAAUCAAUGAAAAUAUACGUCUCUGAACUGAGAAGAAGAGCAGGAUACAUGCAUGUGAUUGUUAUCUAAGACAGAGGGAAAGAGACAGGCGUCUCACGGUCACACUGCUUAUCCGUCGGUGUUCGGUGAGACUGAGCAGCGAGGGUGCAGCGAGGGGUGUGGAGCUUCCUGGAAUUUCCUGGAAGACAGAGGUGUAUUUUCCAGAUGGGUUUUCACAGUGUUUCCACUGGAGAUUUAUAUAUAUAUGUAUAUGUAUAUCUAUCCAUAUAAAGUUUCACUGCGCUUCAAAUGCCAAAAGCCUUUUGUUCACAAAAAUAAAUAGCGGGAAUGUUGGGA